CGUUUCCGGUCUCGUUUUGGAACCACUUUUUCCGGUCAAUAAGAAAUAUCUCUAAACAAAUAUAUUUUUUAUUAAAUGGAAUAUGUUGAAAGAGAAGCUUCAGAGUCUGAAGACUCAAAUGUACCCGAUUCAUCGGAUGAAAAUGAAGAGGAAGAAGAAGAGAAGAGUGGAGCAGUUGUACCUGGAUUAAUCAACGACGAAUCUGAAGAAUCCGAUGGAGACUCGAGCAGCGAUGAAAGUAUUACCGGUAAUAAACGUCUCGUUGAUUCAGAAUCGGAAGAUAUUAUGGAAGAUGAUUUGAGGUUAAUUGAAGAAAAUACAGGUGUAAAAAUUAAAAAAAAACAUAAAAGAAUCAAAAUUGCUGAAUCCGACGAUGAAAACGACGAUUUAGAUAAAGAGUCUAUUGAUGGUAGAGAAACCGAUUAUAAUUCUCAUAGACAAGACGUGGAUGAAGAUGAAGAUGAUUUCAUCGUUGAGGAUGACGACAUUAUGGCUAAUGCCCAUAAAAAGGAAAAGAGAAAAGUAAUUCAUUAUGCCAACGAAAAUAUGCAGGAUGCUAUGGAUAUAUUUGGUGUAGACUUUGAUGACUUGAAAAUGGAUGAAGAAGAAGAAGAUGACGAUGAAGAUGGUUACUUAGAACGGGACGAGAGGAAAAAAGAUGAGUCUGAGCCUAUGUUCGAGCCGGCUGAUGAAAUGAAGUAUUACAGACGUAAAGAAGAUCAUGGAAUUCGACAAACAGACGCGCCAGAAAGAUUUCAAAUUCGUGAUACACCUAUCCAGACCGCAACUGAAGAAGAAUUGAAACAAGAAGCUGAAUGGAUAUUCACCCAACUUUUUGAAAAGAAAAAGCUUAGCAAGCAAGACGGAUUUUGGCAAUUAUACUUUGGCCAAACUGAUCGAACUGAAACUCCUACCAACGAUAAAUUGCAGGAAAGAAUUGAGAAAGUCCUGCUAUUUAUUCGAAAUCAUCAGUUUGAAAUUCCUUUUAUUGAACAUUACCGGAAAGAAUAUGUCAAACCAGAAUUAUGCGAAAAUGAAAUGUGGCAAAUUUAUGAAUUAGACGAAAAAUAUAUGCAAUUAAUGACAAGACGAGAAAAUCUGAAAAACUUAUUUCAAUACAUGCAAGAUUUUACAGGGAUUUUAGUUCAGAAAGAUGAUAUGAUGCCAGCAGGAUUAAGGACUGUUACGGAUGAAGAUAUUGACAGAGUUGAUAGGACGCAAUCUUUUGAAGAAUUAAAAGAUUUGCAAGCAUUUUUUUCGUUAUAUUACAGUCAGCACACAGAACAGUUGCGAUUUAUCGCAAAACAGCAAAAUGCUUUCCGAAAAGUCAAGGAAGAAGGAGGAGACGAAGAAAAGCAGAGAGAAGCUGUUGAAAGAGUUCAACGAGGUGAAGAUUCAAGAAUUUAUAGAGUUGCGAAAAGGAAAGUAAAUCUUCAAAAAUUUUUUGAAGUUAAACUUGACGAAGUCGCCGAUAAAUUUGGUUUAUCUGCUGAAAAAGUCGCAGAAAAUUUCAAGUUUGAUUAUUUGAGGAAUGAAGUCGAACAAUCUGAUCAGUUUCCUCUUGAGAUAGCUAAGAUGUACGUCUGCAAGGCCUUAAAAACACCAGAAAUUGUUCUUAACUCUGCCAAACAAAUGUUAGCAUUACAAAUAUCUCAUGAACCAGACUUUAGAAAUACCAUUCGAGAGAAUUUCAGGGACAAAUGCCUCAUAAGCUGUAAACCAACUGAUGCUGGCCUAAAAGCAAUUGAAGCAGGACAUAAUUGUUACACACAUAGAUAUCUGAAAAAUAAACCAGUAAAAUCACUUUUAGGAGCCAUGUUUCUUAGGAUACAUGAGGCUAAAAAAGAUAAUUUGUUAGAAUAUCAUCUACACAUUGACCCAAUAAAUGAGCCGUCAAGAGAUAGUGAGAAUCGUCCUUGGUUCAAACCAUACCUCGAACAGGUAAAACAUUUGUUUCACAACGAUGAAUUUACUGACCUUGCUGAGCAAUGGAAUCAAGAAAGAAUUGACGUUUUAAAAAAAGCCAUUGACAUUAUAUCGCCAAUAUUAUAUCGAGAAAUUGAAUAUCUUUUACUUCAAGAGUCUUAUGAUAUAGUUACAAUUGAGGUAGCACAAAAAGUUUACCAUGAUAUAAAAAUUGGUAGAUAUAAGCCUCUGGUUACUACUGAAGCUGAAAAUCCAAUGUUUGCAAAAGUUUUAGGCAUUUCAUAUGAUCCUGAAGAAGAGGGUUCUGCUGCUUUUGGAGCUUUUCUAGAUUCUGAAGGAGAAGUAACCGCCCACAUUCGAUUACCUAACUUAAUAAGACAAAAAAAACCAAAUAGUGAUGAGGAUUUUACGGACGAUUUGCGCAAUUUAACGGAGUUUAUGAGAAACAAGGAACCCAAUGUUGUAGCUAUUGGCUGCGAUUCACGUGACGCAUCUGACAUAAAAAAAGAUGUAGAAAAAGUAAUCAAUCGUUUGUCGGAUGAAGAAGGUUUAUCAAUAACAGUUGAGUUAAUGCCGACGAAGUAUGCUAAAGUGUUUGCUAAAUCAGAAAAUGCUAAGGAGCAAUUCAGUGAAUAUCCAACUGUACUUUUGCAAGCUGUUUCCAUAGCUCGUUAUUUACAGGAUCCUUUAAUCGAACUUUGUCAACUGUGUAAUUUUAAGAGAGAUAUUUUAUCUGUUCCUUAUCAUACUAACCAAAGUGAUGUACCUCAAGAUUUGUUGAUGCGAAGGGUAGAGUAUGAAUUUAUCAAUCGUGUUAAUCAGGUUGGAGUGGAUAUCAAUCAGUGCAUAGCUCAUCCACAUACUGCUUAUCAACUCCAAUUUGUGGCAGGAUUCGGUCCAAGAAAAUCUGUUUACAUUCGACAAAUGUUAAAAUACACUCGUAUGGAAAAUAGAUCUCAGCUCGUAACAACAUGUCACGCAGGCCCAAAAGUUUUCAUCAAUUGUGCUGGUUUUAUAAAAAUAGAUACCAAUGCUAUGGGUGAUACAACUGACAGCUACGUUGAAGUUUUGGACGGCUCCAGAGUUCACCCUGAGACUUAUGAAUGGGCUAGAAAAAUGGCAAUUGAUGCUUUAGAAUAUGAUGACUCAGCGGAAGGAGCCAACCCGGCAUCAGCUUUAGAAGAAAUUCUUGAAGCUCCUGACAGACUUAGAGAUUUGGACUUAGACGCUUUUGCUGAUGAAUUACAGAGACAAGGGUAUGGUAUACGGCAUACCACUCUAUACGACAUUCGAAAAGAAUUGACAAAUAGAUACGAAGAUACCAGGGAGGAUUACCAACCACCUACAAUUGAUGAAAUUUUCAAUUGGGUUACUAAGGAAACGCCAGAUAUUUUCUUUAUUGGAAAAAUUGUUGAUGCAAGAGUAACCUCGGUUGCUUAUAGGCGACCUGGUCAAGACGAAAUUGACGGAGCGAAUCCAACUCGAAGUGAGAAAACUGGUUUAUGGGCUUGUCCCCUUUGCCAUCUUGAUACUCUAAGAGAUCUCAAAGAGAUGUGGAAUCAUCACGAUUCUGGACAGUGUCCAGGUCGACCACGAGGUGUAAAUGUUGUUCUUGACAAUGGUUGUAGAGGUUUUAUACCUAUACAACAGCUUUCUGAUAAUCAGGUUACGGAUCCCAAUAGUCGAGUUCGAAGGAGUCAAGUCGUUCACGGUAGAAUUCUUAAGAUAGAUCCGGAGAGAUUUUGGGUUGAAUUGACCACUAAAACUUCAGAUUUAGUUGAUGCUGAAGGUAAAUGGGAACUUAGAAAAGAUAAAUAUUAUGAUUACGAACUGGAACAGACCGAGUCAGAAAACCUAAAAAAUAAAAAAGUUAAAGUCUCAGCAAAGAAGUAUAUGAAACGAUUAGUGACUCAUGAUCAGUUCCGUAAUAUCGAUUACAACCAAGCUUGUAAGAUGAUGGAAAGUGUUGAACAGGGAGAAGCAAUAUUUAGACCAAGUAGCAAAAGUAAUGACCAUUUGUCUGUUACCAUAAAACUCACUACAUGUGGCAUUCUUAUGCAUUUGGAUGUCACAGAACAAGAUAAAGAGCAUGAAUUUACUCUUGGCAAAAGAUUGUUUAUUAAUAAGGAAGAAUACGAAGAUCUUGAUGAGAUUAUGGCUAGAUGUGUAGCACCCCUAACAUCUUAUGUGAGAGAGUUGGAAAAUUUCAAGUAUUAUUUGUCACUUGACAUAAUAAUGGAAGAAAAGAAGAGGAUAGCAUACGUUUCAGAGAAAAUAGCUGAUGAGAAGAGAAAUCAACCUGAAAGAAUUUUUUAUCACAUCAUAGCAUCUAAAGACAUGCCUGGGUAUUUCAUCCUUAUAUAUCAACCAAGAAGCCGAGUUCAUUACGAGUAUGUGAAAGUAACACCAAACGGAUUGAGAUAUCGAAAUAAGAUGUUUCAAACCUUACCGCAACUUCUAAAAUAUUUUAAGGAAAACUACAAAAAUCCACCACCAAGCAUGAAGCAUUAUUAA